UGAGUUUGGGGUGUGUGGAGGAAGGUAAACAGCUCCGUUGCCUGGCACAGUACCACCCUAAGGGUAGAUGGCUGAACAAUUCCUCCCAUCUUUCACUCCCUUAGAUUUAUACUUCCUGCAGGAUUUCUGAGAUGUGUGUUGAUUCUGAGUAAAUCCUUACUGAUAUAACCACUGACAGAGGAGGAAUUUUUCAGGGUUAAAUUUGGAUUCGGACGUGUCUUGUCUUCAUACCUAUCUCUGGUGUGAUUCUAUUGUGUACGGUCCAUUCAACUCCCAGGAUACAUAAAAGAUUUUACACUGUCUGUCAUCACCAGCUCAGGAAUGAAAAUAUGUGAUUGUGGAGAAUACUGACAUAGUAUAUCAAGCUCCAAUGAAUUUGAUUUACAUCUGUGCUCCUAAAGUUAAACAACAAAGUAUACACAUCUAGGGUACGGAUCAGGCAGAGAGGAGUAGCAUGGAUAAACAACAGCCAAUCUAAGUGUCUUGUUUGUUUCUGUUAAAACACAAAAAAGUCAUCAUGUUCUUUCACCGCUCCAAGAAGUACUCACUGGUGACACCAGACCGGUACUGCCAUCACCCCAGGCUGAUUGACUGCAAUGAAAGUUUGCCAGAUUUAAGCAGAGGUUUCGACAACAUGGACCAUACUCGCAGGCGACACAUUUUGUUCAGAAAGUUUUUCCAUUCUUCCUAUGAGAAGAUAGUCCAUGAGCGUCGUGGGAGUAUGCCAUUGGUGUCAGCGGGACUGGACGACGAAAACAUGGACACCACCUCCACUCCAUCCAAAAUAGCAAACUUCUUCAUGAGGAAGGGAUUUAAAACAAAUUUAAAACGGACUAAAAGUGUAACCAAGCUGGACAGGAAGAGGUCUGCAUCCAACAUCUCUGAAAAUGACACCAACGGUUCAAUUGUGGGUUCCUUGAAAAGGACAAUGAGCUUGGGACGUCUUACCAGAAAGCGUAAUCGCCAACAACCUCCAUUUGAAACACCUCCGCCGCAAAACCAUCAUAGCUUCCCUUGUGACUGUGCAGUUCUUAAUGAAGACAACAUCCACACCUGGUCCAUCAUCAACUCUCGCAUCAGGUCAUCUCGCUCACAUGAGUCGCUACUGACCAACUCUGUGACAAUGCACUCAAUUGACCUUGCGUCCCAGGAGCUGGACAUCAAGCCCUUACACAGCAGCAUUCUGGGACAAGAUCACUGCUUCCAAGUCGCAACCUCACAUGGAAGUAAAUACAUUUCCUGUCGCACAGCAGAGGAGCGUGAGAAGUGGCUUGGCAGCCUCAGAAAGACCGUUCAGCCAAACCAAGACAAUGUCAGAAGAACAAACAACUCUCUUAAACUCUGGGUCAAAGAGGCUAAAAAUGUCCCCUCAAAAAAGAGGUAUUUCUGUGAAAUAUCCCUGGACAAGACUCUGUAUGCACGUACAUCCAGCAAGACCAAGGCAGACAUGUUAUUCUGGGGUGAACAUUUCGAGUUCAACAACUUACCUCCAUUAGAAAUUGUCACCAUCAACCUGUUUAGAGAAGCAGAUAAGAAAAAGAAGAAAGACAAAAGCUGUCUCAUAGGUUAUGUAAAUAUACCAGUGGCUGACAUUUGUAACAGACAGUUUGUAGAGAAAUGGUACACCACGAGUUCAGGGACAGUGGGUAAAAUAGGCAAGGAGAACAAGAGUGAGCUCCCCUUGGUUCGAUUAAAGGCACGUUUCCAUGUAGUGGAUAUACUUCCGAUGGAGCUUUACCAUGACUUUACACAGUACCUGAGUCAGGACUACUGCAAACUGUGUGAGGUCCUAGAGCAGAUUGUCAGUGUCCGAGAGAAGGAGGAGUUAGCCACAACUAUGGUCCACAUAAUGCAGAAGCUUGAAAAGGCCAAAGAUUUCCUGUCUGAUGUCAUUAUGGCAGAAAUAUCUCAGCUAGAAAAUCAGAACCUGACAUUCCGUGGGAAUACAAUAGGGACCAAAGCAAUGGAAGCUUAUAUGAAACUUGUCGGAGAAAAAUAUUUGCACGACACACUGAGUGAUUUUGUGAGGACAAUUAUCGACUCUGAAGACGACUGUGAGGUGGAUCCCACAAAGGUUAUGAAUCCUGCCCAACUCAAUAGUCACCAGCGCCUCCUGGAUAUGUACUGUGAAAUGGUGCUUGCUAAGAUCAUCAACUCACACUGCUACUUUCCAUGUGAGCUGCGAGAGGUGUUCUCGAGUUUCCGCGACCACUGUGAUAGGACCAGUAAAGAGGAUUUUGGAGACAAUCUUAUCAGUGCAUCCAUCUUUCUGCGAUUUUUGUGUCCAGCCAUUUUGUCUCCAAGUCUUUUCAAUCUAACACAAGAGUAUCCCCCAGAAAAGGCAGCCAGGAAUUUAACACUGAUUGCAAAGACUGUCCAGACACUUGCCAACUUCUCCAAAUUUGGAGGAAAAGAAGAAUUCAUGACAUUCAUGAAUGAGUUUUUAGAAAGACAGUGGGGCAGCAUGAGGAGUUUCCUACAGCAGAUCUCUAGCACGGAAGGAUCUAACCAGUUUCUGGAGUUUGAUGGUUAUAUAGAUCUGGGUAAGGAGUUGUCAGUUCUACAUGCACUGCUGCUGGAGAACCUAGGAAAAGCUGACAAGGAGACCAUUGCCAAACUGGGGAAGCUUCCUGUUAUCCUAGAGAGUGUGAGUCAAGCUUUAGAUGAUCCAGAGGUGGAAAAACGUAUCCCAAUAAAACACAACAGGAAGUCGCAGAUUUAUGACAAUCAAGUCAACACCCCACAAGCAGGCACCUCUCCGACAGAAGUCCUUCGUGAAAUGUUACGUCAUUGUGGGGAGGAGGACAUCCCUGUGCUUUCUGGUCGACGAGGUGCAAAACACAGUUCAGUCCAUAGUAGUUUUGAUGGGAGCACAGGUGGUAGUAAUGGUCGCAAUCCUGCUAGACAUCGCAACACAAACGAUGAUUAUGUCAUGAUUAGGGCUUUAAAUUCAAGGAAUGAGAGUGAAGUGUCGGAUGUUUCUGUGAGUUCACGUUCAAACACAUUAGAAACGAACCAAUCGUGGAAUGAGAUAGUGAAUGCUGCAGAAGGACUGAAUGGGGAGUAUAUAGAUUUGUUAUCUUACAUUGAUGAGGAUCAACAAAACUCCAGCAUGGAACUAGAACACAACAUGAACGGUAGCCAAAUGUCGAUCAGCCAGAUUUCAACAAUAGCAUCCUCUGGGUAUCAGUCAUUUGGUUACAGUCAGUCUAAUUCCCCGGUGGAAUCCUCCAAUCAACAGGAUGGUAACAACCGUGAUUAUUCGUCCAAGUCACCCUCUGGUCAUCACCACCCUAUGCAACCUUUGUCCUUUUCGAACCCUAUGUAUCGACAUAUUCACUCGUCCUCUAGCUCUCAGCAUGGUGGUACCCCCACACCUAUGCAACAGGGCUCAACCAGCUCUGGUUCCCUCAGCUCUGAGGAAGACUCCAACACUGUUAAACACAGAAGUCCCAUAAAACAUGCUGACAGAGGGGAGUCCACCUCUUCUACAUACAGUAACAACGGAAAUGCUGACCGUCUCCGGAAUCUUGCUCCCAAACUAUCCAGUAGCAGCAGCAGUGAAUCUCUACAGGACCAUGACAGACAUCGGUUCUCUCGGUCCUUAUCAAGCCCUAAUAAUGACCUGGUGAAAUUUUCGUUGGACUUUCAUAGCUCCUGUCCAUCUCACAUAUCUGAAGACUUUAAUAAUAGUAAUGUGUCAUCUUCGACAAAUGUGAACAACUCAUACUCCUUAAAUCGGGCUCCAUCACGCCCUCAUGAACUUUUACACACAGGCAGUGUGGAUUUUACAUACAUGCGACAAAAGUACGGUGACCAAAUGCGUAGGACAGCUACAGACUCUAGGAUAUCACAGAACAGUACACCUGUACACAUGCACAGUGACAGUGGUGUGUCCAUGUCCAACAAUCGUACACAGAUGUCACCAGAGGAUAGUCCUGCUCAUCGCCGACUGUCGCCACAGACCACUGUUCACAUGGGCAUCCGGUCAGUGCAACGCAAGAUCCAUGAACAGGAAAAGACGAAACAAGAAUAUGAACAAGAGGUGGAGGUGCUAAAACAGCAGGUAGCUGAUGCCCAAAGACGUCUACAAAAUGCAGAGAAAAUGCUACAGGAACAACAGUCAGGUACGCAUCUGUUAGUCGAGGACUGGCAGCUUCGCCUCGAGGAGAGCGAGGAACGAAUGAAAAAGCAGCAGACGGACAAAGAUGACCAAAUGAAACACAUUAUACAAAGACUCAUGACAAUAGAGAAUGAGCAGGAGGAAAUGGAAAAAAUUGUACAUCAGAAGCAACGUGUGAUUGAAGCCCAGGAGAGACGUAUUCAAUCCCUUGACAAUGCCAAUGCUAAACUAAUGUCUGCCCUCAGUCAGCUGAAGGACCAGUACAGCACAUCUCAGCCCAGAAAUGGUAUGAUUGGGCCCCUUCGCUCUAAACUGACUCCAUCGGAAUUUGCAGAGUUUAAAACAAGCUCUUGCUAGAUGCAACAAAGUGCUGACAGUUAUUCAAUCUGGUUUCAUGUGGAAUAUUAAUCAGCUACAGGAUUUAAUGGUGGGAUUUGUGUGAACUUCCCUGCCUGGCUUUUUCAAAUAUUCUUUUUCUCAGAUUGUGUAUGGGAUUACAUUGGCCAGUGACUGUAGUCACAUGAUAUUAUAGCUGGACUGUAGGGUAUACAGAUACUAUAGGACAUGGACAGCUGUGUGUGAUUUGAAAUCACUAAAAUGGUCAGUACAUGAUUCAGCCAAAAUGACAUCCAACAGGUUACACUGGGGUCGGACUCCUUGUUAUGCGUCUACCAUAUAAUCAGUGCUACCAGGAUAAACUGGAGUCAGAACCACCCAUUUAUCAGUUGUAUAUCAACAAUAUAACAAAGAAAACAAGAUCAGAGCAGGCUUAUAUAGGCCUAACAUAGGCAUAUUACAGGAUGACAAAUCAGGCUUACAUUAGCCUACAGUGUGACAUAGGCCUACUGCAGGUUAUUGUAGGCCAAACUUCUGCAGAAUGACCGCCUUACUACAAGACGACUGAGCAGGCUUAGGUAGGCCUAAAUGCAGGACCUCAUGUAGGCCUUGCUACAGGAUGGCAGAGCGGACUCGUUGGCAUAAUUACUGGACAACAGAGCCUGAAAAAAGAUGACACAGAAGACUUAUUUGGGCCUACAAACUACAAGCAGGAUGGGUCUUUAGGCCAACUACAGGCUGGAUUGGUCUAUAGGCAACUACAGGCUGGAACUGUUCUAUAGGCCAAUUCAAGUCUAGGCUUGUGUAUAGGCUAUAGGUGUAUCCUCUGUGAUUGGCAAAAAGAAGCAAGAAAACUGUUUCUAAAGGAGGAUUGUUGUUGUCUAGUACUAUAUUUAUAAACAUGUGUGCUUGUCUGUGAUUAGGUGGAGCACUUAAAUGUAUUUAUUUAUUGUUGGCCUUUUUACCCCUGUAACCCAUGAUAGAAGGAAAAAAAGAGGGUCUCUGUCAGGAUAUAUGGACCCAAAGAAAUAUACGAGUCCAAAAACGUCCUGUAGGAUACAGAACUCUCAGUAUACUGUGGAUCAAGACAACAGUCCAACAUUCACAUAUUAUAGAUAUUCCUUAUUUGGUGCAUGGGUCAAAAUAGAAAGACAAUUCUAAAACAAUUUGACAGGGAUCUUCAAAUUCUGUGCAAUAGUUUCGCCUUUUGUUCAUGUCAUGUAAAUUACUUAUAUAUAAAAUAUUUGUUGUUCAUCAUUGAAAAAUGAAAGUGCAUUAAAACUAUGCAUUAUAUAUUAACUCUGUUAUUUAUGUUAAACUGCUGUGAUCAUGAAACUUACUGAAUCAAUUGAUCUGAUUAUGAUGGCAUCAGUACUAGUGCAUUCAACGGCAAAGAAACUUAUACUAAGGAUAUACUUUGUCCUCAACCUUAGUACCGAUAGUCAUGAAAAAUAGAGUGAUCUCCCUUGCUGCUGGAGACGCUGCUGUCUGUUUUUUAGAAAAUGCUUUAUAUGGCAUAAUAAUUCAUUUUGGUAAAUGUGUUUGGUUAGACACCGUUUAGAUAUCACCUACAUUAAGAUGUACUCUUCUUCAAUAUCUGGCUUAGUGCAAUAUUUUCUUCACUAAAAAAACCUUACAUUUUCACCGUAUCAGUGGUCAGUUGACAGAUUGGUUUGUGUUUAGAAUGUCUGCAUUUGUUAGGAAUGUUGUGCAAGUAAUCGUUGUCAGGAUAGCAAAGUCAAAGUUGGUUUGUGGUACUGGUGUAAUAAAAAAUGAAUGGUUAUGAUACAGUCAAAUUCAUUUUUAUCUCUCGCCAGCAAAGAAGUUGUACAGGGGAAUAAAAAUACAUCAUGCAUUGCAUAACUCUGUAAUGACUUUCGCUUCUGGUAGAAUUAUAUACCAAGUAAAAUAUUCCUUUACCUUGUCUCUGUUCAAACAGGCAAUUUUUAAAAAAAAAUCAUGUUUCUGAAAAUGUCUGAAAAAAAUGUCUCAUUGUAUGUAACAUAUAUAGAGAAUCCUGUUUUAUCUACAACAAAGCUGCCAAAAUUAUGGAUCAAAAUGAUCAGACAUUUCCAAGGCCGAGGUACUUGUUUUAACUACACAUAAUAUUCAUAACACUUAAUUGGUAUUUUUCCUGUCUGUUGUGAAAGGUCCAUUAAUUCUACAAUGGAAUAUGAGUGAGUUUGUACAUGUAAUUGACAAUCUCUUGAAAUUUGAGAAAAGGUUUUAAGUGUACUCAUUUAAAGAAGAACCAUACUUAAUUAUUCUUGUGCUGUUGAUCAAGAAUUGUAUUCUACUCAGGAUAAAGGUACUGUAGACUACGUACACCAAUAUUUUAAACUGGAACUUUGUUUCUGAUGUUUCAGCUCCUGGAUCAAAAAAAUUAAUACACAAUUUACAUGCAUAUGGAGCUGUCUACUCUGAUGAUAAUGAAACAUUUCUAAGCUAAAAUUAUUUCAUUUGUUCACAGUUCCUGAAUCAUUCACAUGCCAAAUGGUUUAUGUACAAAAAUCCAAAAAGUUAGUUUUUCAAAUUCAGAAUGAUGCAUUUUUGGCUGUAUAGUACGUUUGACCCGGUAUUGGCACCACUAUAAUUUACACAUUUACUGGUACUCUGUUUACACAACAGAGUCUGAUGGCAUUUAGACAUUCAGAUUUAGUUAUCAAGUCCCCUGUUAAUAAAUUUUAAUAUUAUUUGAUUAUUUAAUAUGAGUUGACAUAGUUAAUAUGGCUGAGAAAUCCUUGAUCGCUUAUUGUAAAUGGUAUAUAUAAUUUAUAUAUCUUUAAUCCUCCGGAUACAGUGGUGUCUGAGAACAGCCCUAUGGUAUCGGGAUGUAUAGAACUUGUAACAAUAUUACCAUACAGUAGAUGCUUUCAUGAAUCGGUAUGAUUGAAAGAAGAGUGCUAUAUUAAUAUUUAGCCAAAAUCUAGUCUGAAAAUUUGUAAGUAUUUUUGAUAAUAUGGAAUGUUUGGCCAGAAGAAAGAGAAACUGAAUGAGAAUAUCUGGUCAUUUCUCCAGGUAUAUAUAAGGGUCACUUGAUGUGAGUGUUAAGUGUGUGAUGUGCGCUGAUAAACGGUAUGGUCAUUGUAGAUUGUGUCUAGUUAACAAUACAUAGAAACUUGCAAAAAUUAUUUAAGCAAAUGAAAUGAAGGGAAAAAGUAAAAACUUCAAAACUGAAA